AUGGGGCGAGGUGGGGCGAGCGCGGUGGCGGCGGUGACGCUGUGGUGGCUUGCGUGGGGCGCCGGGGCGGUGUGGCUGGAGCUGGCGACGACGGCGACCAAGUGCUUGUCCGAGGAGAUCCAGUCGAACGCCGUUGUCAUCGGCGACUACCCCAUCCUCUUCGAGGAGCACCCCGUCCGCCCCAUGGUCUCCGCCAAGGUACAAACACGUGACGGGGACGUCCUACACCACGCCGACAAAGUUACCCAUGGCCAGUUUGCGUUUACCACGGCACAAUCUGGGAUCUACCUCGCCUGCUUCUGGGCGGAGAGUGUGGAAAAGGGCAUGGUGAUCAACCUCAAUCUUGACUGGAGAGUUGGGAUCGCAGCGAAAGAUUGGGACUCUAUUGCUAACAAAGAAAAGCUUGAGGUGAGCACAGUGGGUCUAGAGCUUGUCAAACUAGAAAUGGCUGUUCAAGCAAUCCAUGGAAACUUAGACCACCUUAGAUCAAAAGAAGCGGACAUGAGAGAUGUGAGCGAGUGCACGCAUGUUAAGAUCACAUGGCUGAGCCUUAUGUCCUUUGCUGUCUGUAUCACAGUCUCAGUUUUGCAAUUGUGUCAUCUUAAACGGUUCUUCCGAAGGAAGAAACUCAUCUAG